AUGAAUGAAGUCAAAGAAAAUUGCGAGGAAAAUAAUGGGGCGGAAAAUAAAGAAACAGAAAAAAAUGAAAACACGUUUAAGGAUAUAAAAGGAUAUAAAAAUAUAAAUAAUAUCAUUAAUUAUUUGAUAACAGUUGGGAUGUGGGAAAUGUAUACAUAUGAAUGGUUAUUUAAUAGGAAAACAUAUUUAUAUUAUCAUACAUUGCUAAAGGGAUAUUAUUUUUAUGAUAAAAAUAAUAAUCUUACCCAAUUUAAUGAUCAAAAUUUUUUUUUGUAUGUAUGUACAUUUGAAAAUACCGAAUUUAUUUCAUAUUUUUUUUUUAAUAAUUCUCCAACUAAAAUAAAAUUAACUAGUUAUACAAAAACUAUGCAAGGAAGAAGAAAUAAACAAGAAGAUAGAUUUAUAGUAAUUACAGAUUUAACUAAAUAUAUAGAUCCAACUGAUUAUAAAACUUUAUUUUUUUAUAAAGUAAAUCCUUUUUAUUUUUUUUCAAUUUUUGAUGGUCAUAGAGGAAUAAAAGCAUGUGAAUAUUGUCUUACGCAUAUUAUAAUAAAUAUUAUUUAUUUUUUUUAUAAUCAACAAAAUGUAGAAAAUAAAAAUAAUCAUAUAAAUAAUUUACAAUCUGAAAUAAAAAAUGAAAAUAAAGAUGAGCCUAUUGAUAAUCAUUCCGAGAAAAUCAUAAAUUCCCAAAAAAAAAAACUUGAUAAAAAUAUUUCAAUAAACAUAACAAAUCUAAAUUCUUCAAAUAGUGAUUAUAUGAAUAAUAAAAAUAUAAGUUUAUGUUCAGAAUUAAAUCACGAAAAAGAAGAAAAAGAAGAAAAAAAUGAUGAAAUUCAAAAUUGCUAUAGUAAUGAUAUUUCAGAUUUUAACGGUAUUAAUAAAGAAGACAAUACAAACAAAAAUAAAAACAAACGGUCUAAUAAUAGUAAAAUCAGCGAUGGGAAUGUAAAAAAAAGAAAAUGUGAUGAUAAAAAUAAUUUGGAAAAUAUAAAAAAAUGUAAGGAUAAUAUAAAUGCUAAUGUAACAGAAAAUGCAAAAUAUAUAGAUUCAUAUAUUAAUAAUAAAAAUGCUAAUUCUGAGCAAAUUAAUAAAUGUGAAGGAAUUGAAAAUAACACAAAAAAUGAAGAAAUUUAUGAAAAAGAACAAAAUAAUAAAGAAAUAAAUAAAAAUGAAUCCGAAAUAAAUAAUACUAAACAUAAUAAUGAAGAAAAAAUAAAAUAUUUAGAUGAAUUAUCAGAUGAUGAAAUAAUAGAAUAUUUAAAAUUAGCUUUUUUGAAAACAGAUGAACAAUUUUUAAAAGCUUCAAAAUUUCCAAAUCAUGGAUGUACAAUCAUUUCUUUAAUUAUUUUCAAAAAUAAAAUGUAUAUAGCUAAUUUGGGUGAUUGUAGAGCUCUUGGAAUUGUCAACGUAAACAAUAUAUUGAAAUCAGAGCCUCUUUCUCAUGAUCAUAAACCAAAUGAUCCAAAGGAAAAGGAAAGAAUAAAAAAAAUGGGGGGGGAUGUUGUUUGUCUUCAAAAUGUGUAUAGAGUGAAAGCAAACAUAAAGAAGGAUAAUUUUGAAAAGCCAAGUUUGCUCGAAAGAUUAUCUUUUAAGGAUGAAGUUUAUUUAGCAGUUUCGAGAGCAAUAGGAAAUAAAGACUUUAAACAUAAUAACGUUAUAUCAGCUAUGCCUGAUGUUGUAUGUAAAGAAAUAUAUGAUAAUUGUAUAAAUAAAAAUAAUAAAAUGAAUAAUACAUAUUUAAAAGAUAAUAAUGAAAUAGAUGAAAAUUAUUUUAAAGAUAGUAAUUUAUAUUUAUCGUCUGAGGAAAUAAAUUAUCAUUUUGUUAUUAUGGCUUGUGAUGGUGUAUGGGAUACUCUAUCAAAUAAAGAUGUUACACAAAUUAUACAAAAACAUCAAAACGACCCAGAUAAGGCUUGUAGCGAAAUUAUAAAAACAGCAUAUGCUUAUGGAAGCCAGGACAAUUUAACUGCUAUACUUUUAAAAUUUUUUUAA